AUGUCUGAUAACUCAAAUAAAACGAAACAAGAACUCCUAAAGCGACUUAUAGAGGAUGAAGAAGAGGAUGAUGGAAUAAUGUUGUUCUUACUCUCAUCAAAUAGAAAUAAAAUAGAUUCAUUAUAUACAUCAAGAUAUGAGAAAGGCAGCUAUCAAAUCCUAAACAUAAAUAAAAAAUGCCGGCAGCGCUGCCACACUGCCUCCGGAGCGGAUCGGCAGCGCUGCCGGCGUCGUGCGCCCACCACGCCCCCUUGUCGCGUGCUUCGGAAAGUGUUCCAUACAAAUCCCUACAAAGCGGUGCGGAAGCGACAGAGUCGCGACGGCCGAGUCACCGCUGCCGGGCCGCGGCCGCCGGAAUCCGAAUGCUACCGUAUGGUGACAACCCAUACGGUAGCAUUCGGUAACCCUGGGGUUACCACAAGGAGUUUUAUAAGGUUAGCAAAGGUUUCUACCAGAGUUUGCCAAUGUAUAUACAUUUAA